UUGCUGCUGGUUAGUUUAUUAAAUAUCACGAGAAAAAAAUACUAAAAAAAGUUAUCCAAAAAGUGCUUAAAACAACAGCAACCGAUUAAAAAAUUACAUUAUUUGGUUUUCUCAAAUCUAAACUCUACCAACUAAGAUAGCAGCUUAGCAAAACUUAAUUAGUUUGAGUAAAACGUUUUUGGAUAAUAAGGAGCUACACACGAAAAGCCUAUAACUGUCAUCGCGGUAGAAGAAGCCUUAACGUUUAAGGUAUAUUAUGGAAGAAAAAUGUGUGGACGAAUUUGAAGCAGUUGCAAUAAAUUUAUCCAAAUCAAGUGAUUCAACAUCCGCAUUUAGGCUUAAUCCAGCCAACUUUUCUGCCAAGUCAAUAAAACCAUACUUUUUGUCAUCGUCGUCGUCUUUAGAGGGGACGACGAGUGCAACGACUAGCACAUCCAAACUAUCAUCAUCUCCGCCUCUGUCGUCCAGUAUAUACUGUUCAGAGAAUAUAUCGCCUAAUUGUAAAAGCGAGAAAAGUGUAGAUUUCUAUAAGCCAACAACAAGUCGUGGCUCCAUGUCGCUACUACAAGAGGAGGAGUUCGAAACAAAUUCACAGCAUGCUUUCGCCGAAGUUGUCCUUGACGAUGAAACCACCACAUCCGGUGUAUUGGAGGCCUAUGAAAUAAGUUCUUCGAAUUUAUUGCCGCCAACGUCUUCGCAUGGAGAUGAUGAUGACGACGACGAAUUAACAUUGGAGCAUGUGCCAGUAGCUGAUGACAAUAGUUCGUCAACAGACACCAUACAAAUAAUAAAAUUGUCGUCGGAUUCUUCUACUGGCUCAUCGGCGGGCAAUAAUGGCUUCUAUAACUCAUCCGAAGUCCAUGUGAUCAAAGAUGACGAUGAUGAGGAAGACGAAGACGACGAAGGUGAUGACGAUAUCGAAGAGGAUGAUGAGGAAGACUAUGUUGAGGAUCAAGAGGCAGUGAUUAUUGAUAAUAACGUGGACAAUGAGGUUAUGAUUGAUGAUGACGAAGAGGAUGAUGAUGACAUAGAGGAAGAUGAUAUGAAUUCUACAAAUCAAUCAGCCAACAGAUGUUCCCAAAUAAAUGUCUCCUCAGUUCGUGCCACAGCCAAUGCCAUAAAUAAUGGUGUCAUAAUGAGCACCAAUGGGAACAUGAUAUUCCUGGAAACGCCCGUGGUUGAUGAACAGCAGCAUUCGCUGCAUAAUCCUCAAACGACUGCAUCAUCGCAAGUAUCCAAUGAAUAUGUUAGUGAUAAAAAUGUCGUUCCCAAACGCCUGAGUGAUGAAUUUUCUAGAGGAUCAGGCGAAGUGGGCGAUGAAACUCCUUCUUCGUCGUCGGCUGUUGGCAGCAGCAAAAUCCUGCAUCAGCCUAAGGAGUUAGUAUACGAAUUGACAGAAUCUCAAGUAUGCUCGGAAAAUGAACACAUGUCGUCCCGCUUGAAAAAUAUGAACUUGAAUCAUACCAAUUGUAAAAAUACUCAGGAUUUACCGACUAGUAGUUCGAAAACGGCAACAUCAUCCUCACCCCAAGCGUCGUCGUCCAUUGUCAUGUCAACAUUGCCCGCUAUAGAAUCAAUGGAUUUAUUAGAACGUCGUGAUUUUGAGCAAGAGCAACGUUUGACAGGUGGCAUUAUACUGAAGACAAGUGCGUUUAGCAAGGAUGGCAUGUUGCAGUUAGGUUUGGUGAAAUCACGAAUCAUGAACAACGAAGACCGAAUAGCGGAGGAGCAUGCCACAAGCAGCAUAACACGUGGAUUUUCAUCGGAUAGCAAAUGUACCUACAAAGAUUUAUCUGCCACGCCAACAAGUAGUCGAAAAUUUAAUGUACGCCUGACCAAAUCAACUGCCAAAAUGAAUUUGAGCAACACUCUAAGUCAUAAUCAGCAACUGCAGUUGCAACAGCAACAGCAGCAACAACAACAAAAGACAUCACACUACAGCACUGAACUAAAAAACCGAACAAUCUCGUCCUCUGUGAAUCCCUCCUCAUCCUCUUCCGCCUCUGCCUCAACUUCAACCUCCACAUCCUCGAACUCUACAUCGGUGAUUGUAGAAGCAGCUUCUACGCUGGGUUCGGACGUCUAUUCGAAUUCCAAUUCAAACGAUAGUCUAAUAUCCCGACCCACAUACACCAGCACGGCAAUAACUAGUAAACAAGCCAACCAAUUACGCCAAGAAAAGCCAAGUCAACAAGAUAAUCCUGGUCCCUCCACAUCAACUUCGUCAUCAUCAACAUCAUCGUUAUCGUCUGCAACAAUUAAGCCUUCUUCAUCAUCAUCGUUGUCCUCCUCCUCAUCAACAUCAUCUUCGGUUGUGGUCCGAGUAUUUGAAAAUGGUUGUAGUCGCACCAGUGCCAUACAACCCCUUGUGAGUAAUUCUAAUCAUAACAGUAAUUCAUCCACAAAUGAGCACCAAGACGAUGACGUUCAGCCCUCAACAUCGUCGGCAAGAUGUCAGUACGCCCCGCCACCCAGAAGUCACAGACAAGUCAAUGCAAGCGCUCAAACUAAUGAAAAAUAUUUGUCACGUUCUUCAAAUCCCAGCAGCGGUAGCAUUGGUAACAGCAAUGCUGUCGCGAAUGAUGUGUGUCUGGGUGGCGGCAUCUCCAGCGGUAACUCCACGGCGAGCCGAACGAGUGGUAGUCGUCGUUCCGAGAUAUCACAAAAUCUUAUAAACGACUUGCGAAUGUUAAAUGAAUUGGAUAACAACUUUACAUUCAACCAUCAAAAUUCUAGUUGGUUCGAUUGUGAGGAUAAUAAUUCAGAUGUUGAGGAAAUUUGCACCUGUCAUCAGAGCCUGCUUGGUGAUGGCAGCAGUCAUGGUGGCAGCAUGAGUGACUUGAACGACGGGGAUGAUUUGGACACAUCACAUGUCUAUGGCGGCAAAGAUGCUGGAGGGGAUUUGUCCUAUAACAUUAUGCAAAAUCUUUCCAUAUCAGAAGAUGUGUCGUCGGCAUCUCCCGAAUGUAAUAUCAAUCGGAAACGCAAAUACCAGGAUAGCCGUCUGCUGGAUCAUGACUAUAACUCAACAAUCAUCACGGGAAGUGGCGGCGGCGGUGGCACUGGUGGCGUCACAGCCUUGGAGAGUAAUAGUCGUAAACGCAUAGCAUACGACUAUGCAUCUACGCCCCGCUCCUCACAGACAAAUUCCUCCAGUGGUCUGGUCCAUGUUUCAAGCGCUUCCGUUGCCCCACUUGCCACAUCGGCCACUGGCUCACCUUUGGGUAGACGCACACCGCGUUCCUUGAUUCCCACACGCGACAAUCCUCCGCCCGAAUUACAACAAUGGCUUUUGCAAUUCCAACGCUGGUCUCAUGCAGAACGUCUGCUGGCCGUGGACCGCCUGAUAGAGCAUUGCGAACCCACUCAAGUUCGCCAUAUGAUGAAAGUUAUCGAACCACAAUUUCAGCGAGACUUUAUAUCGUUAUUACCUCGAGAAUUGGCUUUGCAAGUUCUAUCCUAUUUGGAUCCUCAGGAUCUGUUGAGGGCUGCCCAAACGUGCCGAAGUUGGCGAUUCCUCUGCGAUGAUAAUCUACUAUGGAAGGAGAAAUGUCGUCAGGGCCAAAUUCUAACAGAGCCACGCACGGAUCGUCCAAAACGGGGACGAGCGGGAAAUAUGCCACCUAUAGCAUCACCUUGGAAGGCUGCCUACAUGCGCCAGCAUAUAAUCGAAAUGAAUUGGCGUUCGAGACCCAUAAGACAACCUAAAGUACUGAAGGGUCACGAUGAGCAUGUCAUAACAUGCUUACAGUUCUCGGGUAAUCGCAUUGUGUCUGGAUCAGAUGACAACACACUAAAAGUGUGGUCAGCUGUUACCGGCAGAUGUUUGCGUACUCUAGUGGGUCAUACGGGCGGUGUGUGGUCCUCCCAGAUGUCCGGCAACAUUAUAAUCUCAGGUAGUACAGAUCGAACACUUAAAGUGUGGGACAUGGAAACGGGCCAAUGUGUGCAUACGCUAUUGGGCCAUACCUCGACUGUACGCUGUAUGCAUUUGCAUGGCAAUAAAGUUGUUAGCGGUUCAAGAGAUGCCACUUUACGAGUUUGGGAUAUUGAACAGGGAACAUGUAUGCGGGUGUUAGUGGGGCAUUUGGCAGCGGUACGUUGUGUGCAAUAUGAUGGAAAAUUAAUUGUGUCUGGAGCCUAUGAUUAUAUGGUUAAAAUUUGGCAUCCAGAGAGAUCCGAGUGUCUACAUACUCUUCAAGGACAUACAAAUCGAGUAUACUCAUUACAGUUUGAUGGCAUUCAUGUUGUAAGUGGUUCAUUGGACACAUCUAUUCGUGUUUGGGAUGUAGAGACUGGCAAUUGUAAACAUACUCUAAUGGGUCAUCAAAGUUUGACGUCAGGCAUGGAAUUGCGGGAAAAUAUUUUAGUAUCGGGCAAUGCUGAUUCCACGGUGAAAGUGUGGGACAUAACUACUGGCCAAUGUCUACAAACAUUAUCGGGCCCCAACAAACAUCAAUCAGCUGUUACCUGUUUGCAAUUUAAUUCCCGCUUUGUUGUUACCAGCUCGGAUGAUGGUACCGUUAAGUUAUGGGAUGUUAAGACUGGUGAAUUUAUAAGAAAUUUAGUAUCGCUUGGUUCGGGUGGUUCCGGAGGUGUUGUAUGGCGGAUAAGAGCAAAUGACACCAAACUGAUAUGUGCGGUGGGUUCACGCAAUGGUACCGAAGAGACAAAAUUAAUGGUACUUGAUUUUGAUGUAGAGGGAGCUUGUGUCAAAUGUUCAUAGGAAAGAGAAGUACUCAUACAAAUAGUUGUUAUAACCGCCACCAUAAUCAUGAUAAUGAUGGAACAAUGCGCACAUAUCCUAUUAAAUGGUUAUGAUGGUGAUGAGGACGUUCAACAAGUUGAUAUAAAAAUGCUAAUUAUGUAAAGAAGCCUAUUUGUGUUUUAAGCCAAACAAAACCGAAAACCCAAAACCCAACAUUUUUAGGGGAAAAGUAAGUGGUGUAGUUUAACAUAACAAGCAGCAGAAAAGCAAAAGCUUUAUAAGCUUAAUUUAAACAAUUUAAGAGACAAAGGCAUUCAAGCAUAGGCGACAGCAAGAACAUCAUAAUAAGACAACAUAUACAUAAGAGAGCAGACAACAAUUUCCAUUCUCUUGCUCUCUGCCUCAUUCACUCUCUCACUAUUGCAAUAUUGGAAUGAAGUGUGGCAAAAACAAAUAUGUUUGUCCUUCUAUUGAGACUUUUUAAUUGAAAUUUUGUUAAUUGAUUUGUUGUUGCCUUUUUUAGUUGAAUUUUUCAAAUUUAUUUGUAUUGUCUUGUACUGCUUUACAAAACAAACUCACACACACACACACACACACAUAAAAUGAUAUGUUUUUGCUUACAACAGAACUGAUAUUUGAUAAUUUUUGUUAGAAAACAAAGUUUAAGCAACAGCGUUUUUUUUGUAGCUUUAUGAUUACGUUUAUGAUUAAUUAAUCGCUUAGUUUAAAGAAAGAGUUUAAUGAAGUAUUUGAAUAGCAACCAUUAACAAAUAGAAAUUUCUUCCUUUUAUUUUUUUAGACUUUUUGACGCCCUUUAUACACAAUUAUGUUUAUGUGUCUCUCUGUUACGUUAUUACAUUAAUUUGUGUCUUUCGUUUUCCCCUUACUUACAUACAUAUAUAGACUUGUUUCUUAAUUAAAUUUUGAAUAUACAUCAUAUAUCUAUGUAUGCAUUAUUGUUCUUUACAUGUUUUCACAUUUUACACAAUUUACUUUAAAGAAGAAAAAACAAAAAAAAAACAAAACGUAUAUAUUUUCUAAAUAUAUAAUAUAAAAUCAAUUAAGCUUCCAAAUGUCCAAAACAAACAAAAGCGUGUUAUAACCAUAUUGUAGAUGAAUUUGUUUUUUGUUAUUUUAAAAUUAUUUUUUUUUCUAUGAAUUGUUUGAGAAUUCGUUUUGUAUUAGUUUAAAUGAACACAACAGUUACAUAGAAAUCACAAUGCGAAUAUCAUGUCAGAGAAAUGAAAACACUAGCAAAGCGCAGGCUUAUUUUGGGAUUUUGGGGAGGUUUAAAAUUAGAUGAAAGAUUUAGUUUGCCAACAAAUAGGUAGGAAGUGUUUUAGGUUUUUUGAUGUUUCUACAUGACCCUACUUUCUGUUUAUAUGUCUUUUAAGGUUUGAGCCUGAUACAACUAGAAGGUAAAGGCAUAUAAGCCCAGCUGAUCAAAUGUUGCAAUUUCAGAGUUGUAUCCAAAUCCCAGUAAAACGUCAAAUGCUAUUUUUGGAUUUAAAAGGUUUUUUACAUUUUGUUUCUUUUUCACAUUUUUAUCUUAUGAAUUUAUAAUUUACCGGUUUUUAAUCAUAACUCUUUUGAUCUUGUGGCCGCUACACAUGAUAAUGCAAAUAAAAACUAGAAUAUCAAUUUGGCAGUACAGAAGUUUGACAGGCUAGUAGGAAUUUGCGCCACUAUCCUCACAGGGUUGUAUCGAUGCUUGUUGUUGGGCUUAUGACUUUACCUUAUAAUUGUACCAAGGGUUUGAGGAGGUGGGAAAUGAAUUAAAAUAUUCUUUUUGAUUAAUAUCCAAAAAUUUUCUUUUAAAGGAUGAUUCCUAAAUACAUAGCUCUGAAACUUCUGAUGAUUGAAGAAAGCAGAUCGCAUUACUUCUUGUGGGUAAUAAAGUUACCAACCAAGGAUGAAAGAUACAGUAUGACAAAUUAUAUUGAAAAAGUACAUUUUAGGCGAAAAAAAAAUCGAGUUGCAUCGAUUGAUAGUGGAUCCAAGUAUACAUUUUUUGCUGAAAAAUUGUCAAACAAAGAGAAAAGAACCACCAACAAUAACCAAUAAAUGUGUGAACUGAUCGCUUUGUAAUGAUAAACACUUUUGAAGAGAUUGAUAUACGGAUUGUAUAGGGGCCCUAAGUUUGUCGCUUUGACUUCAUAAAUUUCUAAGCAAAUCUAACGUCUCUCAAAUGUUGUCUAUACUGUGGAAAACAACAUAAAAUAACGGAAAAACUGAACGUAUUAUGAAGAAGAGGCAAAAAGAAAAGACAAGUGCAUCGGCUUUUUGAAAGUUUUCAGCUGGAAGUAACCUCACAAGAGGGAAUAAUUCCUCCCUUUUGUGCUUUUUUUUUUUGUAAAUAUUCAAACAAAACAUAUUUUAGGGUUAAAGUGCUGCCUUUUCUAAGUUGGUGCCUAAUUUGCUCAUUAUUCUUCAUUUAAGAGGAAUGAAAUCAAGGACGAUUGCAUCGAAAGUCGCCGAACACAAAAUUCUAUUCGUUAUAGAAUUUUAAACCUUUUUAGUCCCUCGUGGGUGGGAUUUAUUUUCAUACGGUACCAUUUCUCGUGUACCGAGACACUUAUAAGAAUAAAUAGAGAUAUCGCCUGUGAUUAUUUUUAACAUCAUUGUGUGCAGAUAUAAACAGGGUAUUCUGUUCAGUUUGACAGCGCGGAAUGCGUCGGCGAAACGUUGGAGAAAAAUUUAACAAAAUUUAGUACUUUGCUUAUAGUGAGGAAAAUGGCAAAAAGCAAUUAGUGGCAACGCUUGAAAACAUUGUCGGCAACAUUUUUGGUUGGUCUUUUUCUUUUUGUUAUUUUAUUUAUUUGCUAAAAAAUUAUACCAUAAGUGCAGAUGAAAAACGUCUUUCGGUAUCAAAACAAACAAAACAAAUGAUCAAAUUUCGCUCUUGCAAAAAUUGAACAUUUCAACGACUAUUCCGAAAGCAGAAUAGAAUACCAACCCAUAGUGACUCGCGCGAUAGAAAAUGUUUGCAGGGUCAUCACCAUACGUUAUUUUAAAUCAACAACAUAUAACACAACUCAAAAAGAGAGAAUAGAAUGUAACACAAUUGAAAAAGAAUGAAUCUGUUAAUCUCAUCUCACAAUCACAACAGCAACGAAAAUAGAGCAAAUGUUCUUACUACUGAAUGAACAGAACUGAAAGCGCUUAAGUGGGUAUUUUAUUGAAUUUAUUGAGGUUUUUUAACUAAACAAAAAUUGUUUUUUUUCUACAUCAUAAACAACUAUUUAGUAUCCCUGUUUUUUGUUGUGAUCUUUCAUUUUGUUCUUGACAUGUAACCGUGUUACAAACCAACAAUUUGUUAGAGCCGUUCUACGAUGUGACAGUGUUACGAACAAAGUGUAUCAAGAUGUAAUCAUCAAAAACAGUUUAUGGAUAUUAAGCAAUGUGAGCUAAAGAGCAAGCUCGUUCCGGUCCACAGUAUUAUAGUCAUACUGUGCGGGUUGGCACCAACCUUCUUCUUUGUUUACAGGGCUUAGAGAUUUCAUGAUUUAAAACCACAUAAUAAACAUAAUUUUUUGUUGUAGCUUGUGACACUAACUCAAAGAACCUCACACAAGAGAAAGUAUGAGCCUUCUGUAAUCCAGAAAGAAGUAAAGAGGGACAACAUACUUCACGCAAUCGUAGGAUAGGCAAAGAUUGUCUAAAAAAGGAAAUUAGGACAAAAAUAACAAAGAAUCUUGUACAUAUCGAAGAAAAUGACGCACAUAAUCGAAUUUUAAACUUUUUUAGUCCCUAUUUAGUCUCUCAUGGGCAUAUAUCUCCAAGUGGAAUUAUUUCUCCUAUACCGAGACACUAAUUAGACUAAAAAAUUAUUUUCAACUUCAUUGUUGUUGUUGUAACAGUGUGUAGUACACUGAGGCGGCAGCCCUUUCCGUUGAAAAAAUUCAUCGGGUCAAUCCGGUACGUACAACCGGCUGCCAUGGGAUUGCAACUUCCUUGUGUGCAGAUUUAGUGACUCGCGCGAUAGAAAAUGUUCCAAAACAAUUAAUGCAGAUUAAGCAACACAAAGUAUAACAAAUAAUUUAAGCGUGUUUUUUUUCGUAAUCUAAUAAAUCGCGGAAAUUUGCAUAAAACCACGCUUACACACUGAUCAUUACAACUUGUUUCAAUGGCUCAGUCCAUGGUACAAUUAAUUAUAAUAAAUUAAUUAGUGCAUUCUGGACUCAGUCAUCUGUUGAUGUUAGUCCUAAAUCCGGUUUUAAUGAGCAGUCUAAACGGGGUUUUAUAUACAUUUUUAUUAGAAUCUAUAAAUUGGCCUACGCUAUUUACUUUUUGAAAAUAACUCCAUGCAAAUGUUGCCCGACUAACCGGUGUUGCCACCCGCCCGCAAAUUAAACAACUUUUGUACGGUAUGUGGCUAUUCUUCAAACAAUAUUCGAAACAAACAGUGGUGCCACCCCGAAAUACUUGACUCAUAAACAAUUAACACUUAACAAUUAACAUAAUGGUGAAGAAGUCUAGGUCAAAAGUAAAGCUCUUAUAAAUGCCAAACAGUACUGGCCAAAAUGAAAAUAAGAAAAGAAGUAUGCGUGAAUUACUCUCCCUAAUUUUUAUACCCUCCACCAUAGGAAGGGGGUAUACUUAUUUCGGCAUUCUGUUUGUAAAACCUCAAUAUAUGCGUCUGAGACCCCUUAAAGUAUAUAUAUUCUUGAUCGUCAUGUCAUUUUAAGUCGAUCUAGCCAUGUCCUGUCUGUUUAUUGAAAGCACGCAAUUUCGAAUGAGUAAUGCUAGCCGCUUCAAAUUUUGCACAAAUACUUUUUAUUAGUGUAGGUUAGUUGGGAUUGUAAAUUAGCCAAAUCGGUCCAUGUUUUGAUAUAGCUGCCAUAUGAACCGAUCUUGGGUCUUGACUUCUUGAGCAUCUAGAGGGCGCAAUUCUUAUCCGAUUUGACUGAAAUUUUGCACGUGGUGUUUCGGUAUCACUUCCAACAACUGCGCUAAGAAUGAUUAAAAUCGGUCCAUGUUUUGAUAUAGCUGCCAUAUAAACCGAUCUUGGGUCUGGACUUCUUGAGCCUCUAAAAGGGGCAAUUCUCAUCCGAUUGGACUGAAAUUUUGCACGUAGUGUUUUGAUAUCACUUCCAACAACUAUGUUUAGUAUUAUUCAAAUCGGUUCAUAAUUUGUUACAGCUGUUAUAUAAACCGAUCUAGGAUAUGGACUUCUUGAGCCAAUAGAGCGUGCAAUUCUCAUCCGAUGUGGCUGAAAUUUCGCAUGAGGGCACAAUAACUGUGCCAAAUAUGGCGCAAAUCGGUACAUAACCUCAUAUAGCAUCCAUAUAAACCAAUCUGGCAUCUUGACUUCUUGAGGGCGCAAUUCUCAUUCGAUUUGGAAGAAAUUUUGUACAACGAUUUCUCUCAUGACCUUCAACAUAGCUUGAUGCAGCUCCCAUAUAAACCGAUCUCUCGAUUUUGCUUCUUGAGCCCCUACAAGGCGCAAUUCUUAUCCGAAUGAACUGAAAUAUUACACAAUGACUUCGACAAUGUUCAGCAAUCAUUUAUGGUUCGCAUCGGACUAUAACAUGAUAUAGCUCCAAUAGCAUAACAAUUCUUAUUCAAUAUUCUUUGUUUGCCUAAAAAGAGAUACUGCGUAUAUAAGAUUCGGUCCGGCCGAACUUAGCAUGCUCCUACUUGUUUACAUUACUCUCUUUGAAUGAAAAUACAUUUAUCCGACAAAAAGGUUCAUGUUUUUUUUAUAAAAAAAAAUAAUAUUUAACAAAAUUAUUAAUCUUUUCUUCCUUAAGCCUAGUGCUAACUUCGAAUUUUCAAACGAACAACUGUCAAAACGCGCAAUAAAAAAAGGCGACGAAGAUAAUGCGAUGACAUACCGUAAAAGUGGUACUUAGUUCUAUAAGCAAUACAGUAGCGACAUGUCGCCGCAUCAGGAUAAAUUUCGCACAAUUUUAAUUGCAAAUGUAAUUAAAUGCUCACGAAAUGGGCCGUACUCUGCUUCAAUAAUGUUGUCUUGUUGUUUGACUUUUGUUUGUGUUCUGACAGAGAAAAAGAGUCCGUUGCAUUUCGCAAGAAUUUAGACAUUAUCUAGAAUUUAAUCAGAAAAAACAUUGUCUUUUUUAUUAAUGAAAACACAAAAAUGAUGCGUGCACCCAUGCGCUUGUUCAUUCGUUGCUGUCUGAAUAACGAGUGAAACAAAGAGCAUAAGCGUACGUGUGAAUUGAGAAUAGAAUCUAGUGUAAAGAAAAUUUCAAUUUUGACCACCACUGAUGCAAAAUAAAAGUGAAUGGUUACAUUCUUUUCUCUGGUAUCUAUCUGGUAUAAAAUCUCAUCUUCGUUUCCAUAAAUGCACCAUUUCUUUUCUACCACCUUCAGCUCUUUGAUAGUGUUGGUGCUUAAGAGAGCCAUUUUGUAAAAUUUCUCUUUAACUUGUUGAUCUUCUCAUAAUGCAAUAUGUAUUUGUUGUAUAAAAGCAAAAUUGGCAAACUCAAAGCCCCAUACACGUCAAACUAGUUGCUAAACUUAGAGCAAAAUUCAGUGGUAUAAUAGAGCUUUCGGCUUUUAAAUCUCCUCAUUAUUCUACAACAAAGCAAACCGAUCAGCAUUAAUAUUUAUAAACAUACGUGUGUAUGUUUAUAGUAAUAUGAUUACAUUAUGUGUGAACAUAUAGUGUUAUUUCCAUUAUUGUUACUAUUUCAUAGAAAAAGAUCUUCCCUUCGAUAUUCGCAUAAAAACAAAUAUAAGAGAAAACUGUUUGCAAUUAUUUUCUAUUGAUUUCCGCAUUAAUGCUCGUCCUUUUUCACAAAACCUCCUCCUUCUUUCUAACCCCUCACUCCAUAACAAGAAGGCGUCGUCCAUUAGAAAAAAAAGAAAUGAUUCCACUAAAAAGUUAUAAAAUGAAGUAAGCCCAAAUUAUUGCCUGUAAAAAUCAAUACUACUAAUGUACACAAAAUAAUACAUACAAACAAAUUCUUAUAUAUAAAUAUAAGUAAAUAUAAAUUAAAUAAAUUAAUAAUUCCAUUUCAAUUUGCCUGAAUUGAACAAACAAACAAACCUACAUGAUAAAUGCAUACACAUACAUACAGUAAAAUAUAUAUAUAUAUAUAUGGGUAUACAGCAUAAUAAGUAAGAGGAUGGGUGGCAUACAGAACCAUAUACAUAAAUAGCUUUCUCAUUUAAAUCAUACACUCCAAAAGAAAACAACAAACAAAAAAAAAACAAUAAUUAAAUUAGUUAGUACAAGCGUACAAAAUAUUGUAAUCAUUAUGAAUAAGCAACACCAACAAUAUCCUCUUCCGCGCCGUCGUACAUACACACAUACAAACAUGCAUAUAAAAUAUAGUCAGUAAAUAAAACAACAUCAUCCUCUUCUUUAGGACACCUUCAAAAUAUUGACAGCCAGGUUAAUGCAUAAUAAAAACAUCAUAAAUGCUCUUAUGCCGUUUAAAUCUUUUGAACAAACAAACGCCCAAUUAACAAAAAUAUGAAAAUAAUAUAUUAAAGAAAAACGGCUAUCCAAGAACUACACUGCUUCUGGCAGAGAAAAUAAUGGAAUAAUAAUAAAGAAAAACAAAAAAUCAAUUCAUUUGAAUGUUUAUAAAAAAAAAAACAACCACAAGUAUAAGUUAAAAAGUAAUAAUAUAAAUAAUACUACAAAAUAUUUUAAUUAUAGACUGAUUUAUUAGUAACUAAUCUAUAUAUUUUAAUAAUACAUUACAUUAUAAUAAUAAUAAACAAAGCCUACAUUAAAAUACAAAUACAUAUAUCUCUACUACCUUUAAAAACAAAAUCAUA